UUUUAGGAAUUAAAAGAAAGUUUAAUAAACAAACCAAUUAUCAUUACAACGUUCACUAUCCACAGAAUAAUUUUUAAACGAAUUGAACUCUCAAUUACUUGAUUAUCCAUUCACUCAUGGAUGUCAAUUAGUUUAGAUGUCUUUCUGUUGCCCAUGUGUUUCUUCAACAAAAGGGUCCAUUUCAUCAAUGGAUUCCUUUUGUUUCUUUGAAUGUAAAAAGAGUUUCCAAAAAGAGAAAUAAGAAUUGAUGAAUGAAAAAUUUCUCUUCUCGUUAAACAUAUGUAUGAUGAUUUGUAUAGUCUAUACAUUUUCAGUUAUCAUCAUACACAAUAUAAUUAAGUUAGAUGUUAAGACUCUGCCUUAUUAAAGAAAAGAACAGAAAAAUGGUGAUGUCCAGUUACCAAUAAUAUAGAUUUAACACAAUUCUCAUUGAGUUGAGGUUCAGAAACAAAUGAUUAACAACAUGGUAGAUCAUCACUGUACAAAAGAGCCAUCGGACAUGGCAACCCAGAUGGAUUUGUUUAAGAAAUUCAAGUAUUCAAAUAAUAAUACUCUGCAUAACAUUGUCGGCUUCCCUUUGAUCAUAGCUCUUUUCAUCGCCUCUUUCUUUUUCUUGGGUUACACUGGUAUCUUUCGAGGAAUCCGACACUCAGACUUCUCAUCCUGUGGCUCAUCAAUUUCGUCAACAACGGCAGCUAUAGAAGCUGCGUUGAGUUCGAAUCGACGGCCAGGGUUUCUCGAUCAAAGUGGUGAUCAUUGUGAUCUGUUUGAUGGGAACUGGUUAUGGAGUAAUAACCAUCCGUUAUACCAGAGCGAGGAUUGUCCAUUCAUGGACGUUGGUUUCCGAUGUACUGAAAAUGGUAGACCUGAUCAUUUUUACAGCAAAUGGCGUUGGCAACCUAAAGAUUGUGAUUUGCCCAGAUUCAACUCAAGCGAGAUGCUGGACAAGCUGCGAGGGAGGCGAGUGGUGUUUGUGGGUGACUCGAUCGGGCGGAACCAGUGGGAAUCAUUGCUAUGCAUGCUGGCUUCUGGGGUGGCUAACAAGAAUUCAAUCUACGAAAUGAACGGGAAUCCAAUCACAAAGCACAAAGGCUAUUUGGUGUUUAUGUUCAAAGAUUACAACUGUCUGAUCGAGUACUACCGAGCACCAUUUUUAGCCUACCAGGGCUCCCCGCCAAAGGGAGCUUCGGAACAAGUAAAGACGACUUUGAGGGUGGACAUUUUGGCCUCUGGUUUCCGGCAAUGGAAACACGCAGAUCUACUCAUUUUCAACACAGGCAAUUGGUGGACCGACGAAAAGACCACAAAAAGGGGUUGCUAUUUCCAGGAAGGAUCAGAAGUGAAGAUGAACAUGAGCCUUGAAACUGCAUUUCAGAAAACAAUGGAAACAUUAAUGGAUUUCGUUGAGAAGAAAAUAAACAAGACGAAGACCUUGGUUCUAUUUCGAACACUGGCUCCAGCACAUUUCAGAGACGGAACGUGGAAGAAUGGAGGUAGCUGUAAGCUUUUAAAAGUACCAGAUUUGGGUCUGAAGAAAUCAAGAGAUCGGCAAGUAGAGAUAGUGUCUGGGGUGAUAUCGAGAAAAUCAGAGAGUCAUGAGAUGAUGAUCAAGUUGUUGAAGGUGACGAACAUGAGUUUACAGAGAAAAGAUGGUCAUACAUCAAUUUACUACCAACCGGCCGUCAUUGGAGAAGUUGCUUCUCACCGUCAAGAUUGCAGCCAUUGGUGCUUGCCGGGUGUCCCAGAUGCCUGGAACGAACUCCUUUAUGCUAUGUUUCUCAAGUGGGAGUCCCUACGCCAUUCCAGUUCGAGCUCCAUAGUUGAUGUCACCUCGACAUAAACAUGGUAAACUCAUACAUACUUUUUUUUUUUUUUUUUUUUUUCAA